AUGAUAAUAAAUUGCUGUAUACCAAAUCCUUAUUUUAUGAUACGACCUUGUAAUUUGCUUAGCACUAACAUAAGAAAUAUUAGUUUUCAUAAUAAUAGAAAUAUUAUAUAUGUUACUAAAAAUAUAAACUGCAUUAAUUUGAAAAAAAAAGACUUUUUAUUUAUAAAUAGAUGCAUAAGGUACAAUAAUAAUACAAAGUUUUUAAAAAAAGAGAAUAUAUCAAAAAUAGAAAAUACAAAAAAUGGAUAUAGUAAACUAACAUAUAAAUGGAAAGCAAGAUUGUUCAGUGGUACAGAUGAAAAGAAUUCGAGUAAAAUAAGGAAUAUUUUUAAGGAAAAAUUCGAAAAAAAAAUAGGUAGAAACUUAGACGGUAUUUCCUUAAAAGAUAUAUUUAAAAUAUUAAAAAAGGAAAGAAAAUACUUAGCACUUGCAAUGGGAUGUUUAUUAAUAUCCUCGUUAGGUCAAAUGAUUUUCCCAAUGUGUAUAAGUAAAAUAAUAAAUUUAUAUGGAGGUAAGGAAGAAUCAUUAAAAUAUUUAUUGAAUGAAGUUUAUAAAACAGUAUUUUUGAUUUUGGGUAUUUCUACAUUUAGUUUUUUCCGAAUAUAUUUGAUUGAAACAUCUAUUGAAAAAAUAACUAGAAGAUUAAGAAAAAGCUUAUUUGAGAAAAUCCUAAAUCAAAAUCUUGCUUUUUUUGAUAAGCAAAAAACAGGAGAAUUAAUAAAUAGAUUAUCAAAUGAUAUUGAAAUAUCAUCAAAAAUAUUAAUUCAUUUAUCAUUUGGUAUAAGAAAUUUUAUAGCAGCUCUAAUUGGAGGUGUAUGUGCUUUACACAUUUCUCCAAGCAAGCUAUUUAAUUCUUUUUUAUUACCUGUUUCUGCAUGUUUAUUAAUAGGAACUUCAUAUGGAAAAUAUGUUAAGAAAAUUAGUAUAAAAAAGCAAGAAAAAUUAAGUAACUGUGUGGAUUUUGCUUCGGAAAAAAUAUAUAAUAUAGGUAAUGUAAGAUUAUUGAAUGGAGAAUCUUUUGAAAAAAAAGAAUUUACAAAAUACUUAGAUGAAGUAUAUAAAAUUGGUAGAAAAUAUUCUUUAGUAAAAGCAGGAAGUCAUUUUUUAUUCUUUAGUAUAAUUUCUCUCUUUUUAUUACAUUUAAUUUAUUAUGGAAAUUAUUUAAUAGUUAAUAAAUUCAUAAAUACAGGAGAUUUAUUUUCAUUGAUUAUGUAUUCUUUAUUCUGUGGUAGUGGAAUACAAGGAAUCAUGCAGGCAAUCGGUGAUUUACAGAAAUGCAUUGGUUCAUGUUCAAAAGUUUUGCAAAUAAUAAAUUUACCCAAAAGUGAAUUUAAUGAAUACUGGUUUAAUGAUUCAAUUCAAUUUUUGAAAAAAAAUAAUUAUUCUAUAAAGUUUGAUAAUGUAUCUUUUUCAUAUGAUAAUAAUAAUGAGGAUAAAGAAAAGAAAAAUUAUGCUUUAAAAAAUGUCUCUUUUUAUUUACCACAUAAUAAAUCAGUUGCAAUCGUAGGGAAGAGUGGUAGUGGAAAGACUACCAUUUUAAAUUUACUUUCGAAAAAAAAUAUUGUGAAUGAAGGUAAUAUAUGUUUUGGUGAUUUUAACAUUAAUAAAAUUAAUUCAUCAGCACUUAGAUCUAUUUUAGGUAUCGUUACUCAAGAUCCCUUUUUAUUUAAUAUAUCUGUAAAAUCCAAUUUACUAUAUCCAUAUAAAGCACAUCAAGAAAUGCUAAAAGAACAAGUUGAGUUAAUUAAAGAAAAAGAUAUAUGUAUAAAUAAAAAUUUUGAUGAAAAAAGUAAAGAUUUAAAAGAAAUAUAUACAUAUUUAUCAAAAGAAAUACAAAAUACCCAAGAAAAUAUAAAUAACAUAACAUCAGAUAAAUUAAAAAAAAUAUAUAAAGAUUUUCAUAUUCAUGAUUUUCUAAACCAGUAUUCUAAUUAUGAUAAUAUUAAUGUUGGGAUAAAUGGAUCAUUUUUAUCAGGGGGACAAAAGCAAAGAGUAUAUAUUGCGCAAAAGUUAUUCAAAAAUAAUAAAAUAUUAAUAUUAGAUGAACCAACAUCUUCUCUAGAUAAAUUAUCGGAGAAAUUUAUAAAUGAAGCAUUAUAUAAAUAUAUGAAAGAAAAAACUACUAUUAUAUUUACACACAGAUUAGCUUUAUUAAAAUUUGUUGACUAUAUUGGUGUAUUAAAUGAUGGAAUUAUGGUUCAAUUUGAUUUAAGGAAUAAGGUACUUCAAGAUCCAUGUGAUAUUUUAAAACAGAUACUAAAUCAAAAUACUUAUUAA